AUGUGCAAUUGUGAUUAUAGAAUUCUGUAGAUUAAUUAUAAGUCAUAAUGACUGCAGAUGAAAUUUUAAAACCCAUACACAGUCGUUUUCAAAGACAGACAGCGACACUGUUCUGGAAGUCAUAUUUGCAAAGACAACGUCGUUGGCGACUUCUAGUUUUGGAAACGUUGUUUGCAAUGGCUCUCUUUUGUAUUGCGGUUUUUAUUGGGAAGCCAGUGUUUAUGACACCUCUGCAGGCAAUUCCCGAACCUCCACUGACGACUACCGAUAUUAUUGAGUCUUUCGGAUCGGAUAAUAUACUUGGAUAUGCGCCAAACAUACCGCCGUAUACGCAUAUUAUGGCGCGAGUUGCUGAUCGUUUGGAAGUUGUGACCAUGAAUGCGGCGACCGAAGAUCACCUUAACACCAUGUUACACAACAUGUCGCAAGGCACGCCGAUAAAUAGACCAAUAAUAUGGGUUAUAUGGAAAAUGGAGAAAAAUAAAAUGUGGAGAUUUAGUAUUCGCAGCACGGAGCGCGCUCGAUUCGUCACCAGAUCUGAACGUACAGUAUUCCAUAACCCCCACUUGAAGAGCGGUUUCCUGGCUGUUCAGUUGGCUGUCAGUGAAGCCAUCUUGGAGUAUGUCAGUCCCACGGUACCGGAGUAUGAGUUAAGUCUUGUUUCGAUGCCAGUAUCUCCACUAAUGCAAGAGGCCAGAGUUCGUAAAGCUAUAUCAGGGAUAUUGCUUUGCUUUACUCUAGCCUUCCUUCCUCCUGUCUUGGAGACUGAGGCACUGGUCGUCAGGGAAUCAGUUAAUAGGUUUAAGCGCGCACUUCGUCUACGAAACGUAGAUUAUUCGGCUAUGUACCUCGGCUGGAUUGUCUAUGGCUACUUGACGGUUCUACCAGCCUGUAUUGCGGCCAGUACAACGCUACUCCUAAUAUUUCGUUGGAUACAUUUGUUCUACAGCUUCAUAAUGCUUUUAAGUUAUGUAUCUGUGAUGAUUAUGAUGGCGCUUAUUAUGUCUAUGUUUCAAUAUAAAACUUGGGUCGCAAUUCUGUGGACGACGCUGUUUACACUGAUGCAAACAUUUGUGGCCGAGUUGAUUAUUCAUCAUCAGAUCGAUACGAAGAAUGCCGUCCUGAAUUUCUUCCUACACCUAAUAAUCCCACCUUUGGGCCUGGAACACGGCUUCAAUGAGUUCGCGUUGUUGCAGACUGGCCAGGACGGACGCUUGGAAUUCCUUUCCGUGAUGUACACGAUACUAUCUUGGUUGUUCAUGAUCACUCUGUACUUCAGUUUCUUAAUGUUGCUGCAGAGAACAGUCAAGGAAACUGCUAUAGGUGGCGAGGUUUCAUGGGAAUCUAUUCUCUUUAAGAAAGCCGAAGACACAAAUAAAUUACAUCAAAUAGAAACACCGACGGGCAAAGAGCGAGAUAAUUUACAGGAAGUAGAUGAGUUGGUGGCGAAGGCUAUUAGUAUGCGAAACGUGUCCAAGUUAAUUAUGGAUACACCAGUAGUGAAUAACCUAACAUUAGAUAUUUAUCGUGGUGAAUAUACGAUGAUGUACGCCGAGAGGAUACAAGUUAAAAUGUUGACUUCCAUAGAGGAUCUCAUGACGGGUUUAACCUUUCCAGAUAAGGGUACAAUCACAAUUCUUGGUGAGGAAAUGAAGCCGGGAUUGAACCCAAUAUCAAUGCUGACAAUGAUGGGUUACUGUCAUCGAAGUGAGGUUCUUAUUGACGAUCUAACCGUGGAUGAACAUCUUACUUUAUUUAUGUCUUUAAGCCUCUGGAAUGAAACCAGCCAAUUCAUAUCUGAGUAUGGACAUUUGCGUUCGCAAAGUCUGCUGAAAGAAUGUGACUUGGAGUCCGUGAAAAAUGAUUAUGUGGGAAUUUUGGAUGAUUACUAUCGUGCUCAGUUGUGCUGGGCCAUUGCUAUGCUUCUUGAGCCAAGGAUAAUAAUUAUACCAAAUUUUACUGGAAAGGCGAAUUAUAUAGCUGUUGUCAAGGAUAAAAUAAUGCAAUAUCGAAAAUAUAUCACUUUGAUAAAAUUCAGCUUCUCAAGUGUGUACUUGGAAUAUGCAGAUCGCGUAUUCAUUUUUGACAAUAAGAUUUUACUGUUUGGCGGCACUCCCGCAUAUAUGUUCUUCAAAUAUGGUCGAGACUACAGGGUGAGAAUAACAUUUGGAAGUAAUAGAUACACGGAGGAAAAUGAUGAGCUCUUAGAAAAGGCUUCGGAAGCUGGGGCCUCGAUAAGGGCGCAUCUUGGCACUUUGUUGAUUCUUAAAGUGCCAACACACCCCACAGCUAAUGUUGCUAAGUUAAUUCAAACGCUACACGAAGGAGCUGAUAAGUAUGGGAUUGUUUCGAUGAGUAUCAGCAUACCCGAUUCUGAAGAAGUUUCCAAUAGAGCAAUAUUUGAAUCAAGAGCCACAACACAUGGUACUCCACGUGAACACACAAUAUCCAGAACUGCUUUGGGACAUAUUGAGAGCUCUCCUGACAACUGGAUACCUACAAGAAUAUAUAACUUCGAUAAUUUUAUCCAUUUAUCGUACAUUGGACAAAAAUUUACUUCAUUUUAUAAGCAAUAUAGAAUUGUUUUGAUUUUUACGGUGAUCUCCGCUGUCAUAGCAGGGGCUUUUAUUGGGUUGUCAUUAUCGCAGCUUCUCAGUGAUAUUGAGGAAGAUCGUGUUGCUAAGAAGAUUUUGCAUGGUGAUAUUUUAACGGUUGAAGCGUUGGAACAAAAGACAACUUUAGUUGUGCGCACAGACAACUCGAGUUACGGGCAAUCUAUUGCUUCAGCAUAUGUUCUUUCUGAAACCAAUGCGACCGAAAAAGAAAUUGAAAAUAUUGUGUACACUGCACUUUUGGAUAUCGAAAGCGUAACAGAAUAUUUAGUGACUCGUGCCAUUGAUUCGCCACAGCACUACGUGUAUAUGUAUGCAUAUGGAUUGGAUAUUAAAUACGUGGACGAUAUAAUAUCGAUGCGAGUCCUCUACAGUCCAAUACAUUCUGACCAUGCAGCGGCAGCCAGGUCAUUAGCUCGUGCGUAUAUGGCACUUUUAAGGCAUUGUACGAAUGCCUUAGAUGCCACAAUACAAGUCACCGAUGAUCCACUAGCUCUAGACUUAACGCCUUGGAUGGUGUACGCGGAGAGGCCACCUAUUUUUACGGAGUUUUUGCUUAUACUAACAAUUUCUCAUAUGAUUUUAAUUCCAUCAAUGGAAAGUGGAUUUAUAAGGCAUACACAGUGCUAUACAAUGAAUUUCUCUCCACUACGAUACUGGUUUUCAAUGUUUAUAUGCGAUCUCUUCAUGUAUUGGAUGCUAGUAGCGGUUAUGUCUGGAGCCAUGGCCGUUAUCAUGAUCUUAGCAGCUCCACAUUACUUUGGUAUAACGGACUUUGUAAUAAUUUCAUUUGUUCUGGCUGUAUAUGGAAUUGGAUGUAUACCGCAAGCGUACCUCUUUAGUCUGGGUCCAUACGCGGCACUAAAUUCUAUGAUUUUUGUUAUGGUAAACAUUGUUUUUGCUGGCAAGGCACUCGCAAACCCUCUGGCAUUAAGAGUAUCAAUGGGCGCCAGUCGUUAUUGGAAGUUAAAAGAGUACCGAAGAUCAAGAUUUUUCAUUAAAAAAAGUGAAACAACAGUAAUUGCAAAGCUUUUCUAUGGAAACGCUUUAAAUUAUGCUUUAAAUUUUUUAAGUUUUUCACCUCAAUUCAACAUUGCUUACGCUUUUGUGAAAAUUAAAAAGAUUUUCCUUUACAACAGCGAAUGUAAUAUUUUCAAACGGAAAAAUCUAUGUUCAUCAAAAAUUCUUCAUAAAUGCUGCCACAAAUGCGGAGUCCUACAAAAGUGUUUCUCAAAACAGUACUAUGUUUUGAAGCCACCAGGUGUAAGAAUGGAAAUUUAUGCUAUGUUCUCCAUAGCUGGUGUGUUGUCCACCCUCCUUCUAGUAUGGGAGUAUAGAUACAUACAUAGAAUUUGUUCCUAUUUCCUGAAAUGUUUUUACGUCGACCAAAAGGACACGGAGGGAGAGGCAGAAGGAGUUAAGCAAGAGAAAGCAGAUGUUCUUAGUAAGAGACAGGAAAUGAUGUCGAAAACUCCAGUGAAAGGAGACACGUUUGGGGAAUAUCUGCUAGCGAAGGAUGUUUCUAGAAAGGUGCAAGGCGUGUAUGUAAUACGUCACGUCCACUUCGGCGUCAGGAAGGGGGAGGCGUUAGCAAUCUCCGGUUUACUGAAACACGGAAGAUUGAAGUUGUGUGAAGUUGUAGCAGGUUUUAAGUUACCCAGUGACGGUCGGCUGUGGAGUGUCUCCAAAUGGAGUUUGAACAGAAAUCCCUACUUGUAUAGCCGUAAUAUAACUCUAAGUUGCCAACACAAGACGCUACCAGAAUGGAUGACAGUGUAUGAUGCUCUUGCUCUGAUCGCUGUUUUAAGAGGAAUACCUAAGAACCGAGUUAAGGAGGAAGUUCAUAAUUACAUCGACGCUUUAGAGCUUCACAAUUACGCGUACACAACAAUUAGUCACUUGGAGCCCAAAGAAGUAACGCGCCUACACUUUCUGGCGGCCGUGGUUGGCGCUCCACCAGUGAUCAUUCUUGAUGAGUACACUGCUUACCAAAAAUAUUCUGUGCGACGGGCUAUGUACUCAAUAAUACAUAACCUGAGAAAACGUGGGCACGCCAUAAUUUUGUCGUCUAGCAAUGUUGAAAGCCAUAUGCCAGUAACGAACAGACUUGCAAUACUUUUCGAUGGUAUUAUCUAUGACAUUGAUUACAUAGACAAACUCGUGGCGCGCUACAGCGACCCUGGCUACACAGUAGUAGUACAUCUCAAGAAUGAAGUCAAUGUUGAAACAAUGUUUUCGCGCUAUUUUCAGAACUUCCUUAUUAAUGAUGUUAAUGAGGUCCUUGUUAACAUCCAAAUAUUAGACUCUGAUUUAAACUGGGCAAAAAUAUUUCAAAGAAUGGAAACCCUUCAAGCCGAGAACCACCAUAUUGUAUAUUCAUACGUCAUCUCUGCUGUGCCCAUAGAUUACAUAUAUAACAGCAUAUUAAGCUCAGAAGGCUCAGAGAGUGGUUUAGCAACAUCAAUAUUUACAAAAUAUUUUAAAAAGUCUAUAAAAAGCCCCACUGCUGCGGCAUUAGCAAAAUUGAAACCAUUUGACAAGAGGUAUUAUAUCACGAAGCUGAAGGAUCUCCCAUGGUCUGUUAUUUUUCAUAGAUAAAAGCAGUUAGCAAUACCACAGCCAUUCCUUUAUGUAGAAAUUCUAUAUAAGUGUUGACAUA